AUGCCCGCGUCCGGUGCGCCCGAAAAUGGUGCGAACGCCUCGUUAAUAGCGAUGACCGGCUCGGGUCCGCUUAUUUACAGAACGGGGGAGUCGGCGUGGACGGAAGCGUUCCGGGUGUGUUCGAUUGGAUGCGAAGGCUCAACGGCGCCUAUAUAUAGCGGCGCGGGGCGUCGGUUCCGCACGGGCGCGAGCGACAUUGGCACACUUGCGCGACCUCGGCGGCGGCCCGCGCGAGGACGCCGCCGCGCCGCCGCCAACCGCCGCGAUUCCGGCACGCCCGGCCGC